GCGCCGACAUACCCCCGCCGCCGCCAUGCCCAAAGGAAAGGCUGAAGGGGAUACUAAAGGAGAUAAAGCCAAGGUGAAAGACGAGCCACAGAGAAGAUCUGCAAGGUUGUCUGCUAAACCUGCUCCUCCAAAGCCAGAGCCAAAGCCUAAAAAGGCCCCGGCAAAGAGGUGCGAGAAGGUACCCAAGGGGAAAAAGGGCAAAGCAGAUGCUGGCAAGGAUGCAAAUAACCCUGCUGAAAAUGGAGACACCAAAACAGACCAGGCACAAAAAGCUGAAGGUGCUGGUGAUGCCAAGUGAAAUGUGUGCAUUUUUGAUAACUGUGUACUUCUGGUGACUGUACAGUUUGAAAUAUGAUUUUUUAUCAAGUUUUAUAAAAAUGCAGAAUUUUGUAUUACUUUUUUUU